AUGCUCAAGUUUCUCAAUGAGAUGGGUGCACUCAAUCUAAGGUUUUGUUCCAUUGUACUUAAGCAUUGUGUCACGAAUGACCGUGUUGAGAGUGUUCGAUACCUCCUUGAGGUGACCAAGGAAUUAGACCACACACAAAAAGGUGGUUUCGAUAGAGCAGUCCAAGCAAGCAUCAUUAGAAGCGCGACUCUCGGAUAUCUUGACAUCCUCCAGUCGCUUCUAAGAGUGGUUCCAUGCGAUCAUCGAUAUUCUUAUACAAGGAAGAAUCUGAGCCGGGAAGCGGCGGAGAAUGGUCACCUCCAUAUCAUUGAGCAUCUCCACAAGAACAACAUUGGCGAUGGCACAUUGACAUCAGAUGAGGAGUCCAUCGUCAUUAAGUUGAUGAACAAUCAUUAUGUCAAGGAUGAACGAAUCGAUCUUGUGGAGGCCUCUCAUUUCCUGUACCAGACCCCUUUGGAGGAACUUGAAGCUGCACUGAAGAGAGAUGACCAGAGUGCGGCAAGGGACAUCCUCAUCAGCCAAUGGGACAGUGGAUUGUCGUCAACGGUAUGGAGCAGUCUAUCCAAGUUGAUGAUUGCCUUUCUCUCAAUUCACAGAUCCAAUCACUCUCAUAAUAUAUCACUCGAUUGUUUGUACCAAUUGGUUAAACAUAUUAAAGAUGGCGAGUUAUCACUGGAGCAUGGAUUGGAAUACCUUCGCAUGGCAACGUUUGUCGAGCCUGACGAAUCAGGAGAUGGAGAGUUCCUCCUCAAACGAUCAUCGCUGAAUUGGGCAGCAAGUAUCUCACUAGAAUUGCUUCAAUGCAUUCAAGGAAUGACAUCCCUUGAGUAUGAUAACCGUUGCCUUGAUUCAGCAAUCGAGCACAAUCGUCUCGAUGUGAUAUUAUAUCUUCUUGCCAACAACUGGAUUGACUGUGUUAUUCAGAAUUGGUCACCCAAGAUACUCUUUGCCAAGGGGUCAGUCGAUGCCAUCAAGAUCAUUCAAAAACAUGUCACGGUGAGCAACCCUCAACUAUGUGUGAACACGAUCCAGAACACAUUGGAAGUGUUCAAACAUGUGAUGGAGCAUGUCAAUCCAUUAUCAUCUUUGUCUUCUCAACAACUUCGUUCAAUUGUCAACUCAGCAGUGGUCCAAGACAAAGUUGACCAUCUCAAACAUCUCGUUGAUAUCACUCACUCACCAAUGCCAACACCUUCACUGGAUACAUUGAUCGAAGCCACCAAGAAGAAUGCCGUCUCAACAUUGGAGUAUAUCCUUGUCAAGACCAACCAAUCUCCAUUCAAUCGCUUGUCAGAGAUAGACCAACUUCGAGUUCUCCGAUCGAUAUUGGACUCUGCUUAUGACUCUGGCCACACUCGAAUCAUCGCCAUUUGCAUCAAUCUCAUCAGAGGUAUACCUGACACCAAAAUGAAGAGGAAAUAUUCGGAUAUGGAGAUGGAUGAUGCUCCAGCAACACUCACUCAAUCAGUUGUACACUCAGUGCUUGGAAACAACAAAUUGAACUCGAUGAUCAUGGAACAUGUUGGAUGGAUCCAUCGGAGUUGUUUGGGCAUUGACGACAACUUGAUCAUCAAAGGUGAACAACUGUUUGGCAACAACUCAUUGUUGGACUUUAUCAAGUAUGGUGCCACUGAAUACUUCAUCAAAUCAUUCAAAUCAAUCAAUCUCAAACACUCAUAUCCACCCAAUAAUAAGUUGAUCAGUGCCACCAUUGCUCACUUUACUCCUCUUCAUAUCCCCAUACUCGAUGUACUCCUCAGAUAUCCAUCAAUGUUGUUGUUGCCAGACACGAUCUUUUCUCCAACCGACAGCAAAUCUCCGAAUGCUCACCCUUCUCCAUGUUAUAACCUCCCUGCGCAUCAAUCAAAUUCAUCACAGUUGUUGACAGACACAACAAUCAAAUGGAGCCAAUUAAUCAAUCAACUGUCUGACUGCACCACUCACAACUGGUCUCGAAUCCUCGAUGAUGUCAUGCAGUUGGUGAUGGUCAACUCCAACUCUCCACCAAUGACACUUAUAGAAAAUGACCUGUUCUUGAUCAAGCAUCCAUUGUUCCUCAGAAAGUUGCUCUCAUUUGGUGUGACAUUCACUGUGGCACGGAAAAACGUAUAUCCACCAACACCUCCUCCCAACUCGGAAGUGUUGACCAAGUGGCUACGGAAUCCACCCGAGUCAAUACUUGAGAUGAUUCAAUUGUUUGGUCAACCAUUCUCCCAGGAGACAGCCAACCAUGUUCUUGCCCAUUCAGUUAGGAUGAACAUCCAACCAGUUUCCCAAUACCUGAUUGGAACUUAUCAACUCCUCAAUGACCACUGGCUCCCAGCAUUUUGUGCCAAGCAUGGCUACUUUGAGCUGUAUAACAUCCUGCCUCAGUCCACAGACAAUGCCAAGAUGAUGUUUGAUACAAUAAUGCAAAGUGAUAAAUGUUUGAUGCCAUUGGACAUCCUCAAAAAGAUCGACUUUCAACUUCUGGGCAAUGUUGGUACAUUAAAUUCAAACCUCAGAUUCCUCAUGCCAAGUGCCCUGAUGGUUUGUCGAAACAGGGUCGAUCUCCUCCUCUCUCUGCCACACAUCCAAGGCAACCCCAACAACAAUUUGGUGCACAUCAAAAACAUCCAUCCCAAAUUGAUCUCUGUUGACUUGUUGGAGCGACUGCUUGCAGAUAAACGCUACCAAUGUGACUUUGAUUAUGUGAUGAGCAGUGCCAUUGAGGCGGGCGAUCGACAAGUGAUAGCGAUGUUGGAGGCCAACACUGACAAUCGAUUCAAGACCAACUACAAUUCGGCAUUCAAUGCUGCUGCCACUUUUGGUGAUGUGGACACAAUCAAGAUGAUCUUGGACAAGCGCCAUCUAACCACAGGUCAUAAAUCCACGUUAGGCUAUCAAAUUGGUAUGAAGACCCUCCAUCCGGAUGUAGCCACGCAGGUAUUGGAUCAUUACAAGUCAGAUGGAAGUAUAAUCGACUUUGGACAAUUGAAGAGUUUGUUUGUGGAGUGCUUCAAUCGAGGCGACAUUGAGGCCAUCGAGCAUCUCUUAAAACAGAGCAUCGAUUGCAAUGUAAAAGACCAAUCCUUCAAUAGCAAGCUUGGAAUUCUUCUUUUUUUGUUCAGCCACAUGAUGACACCGAUCACCAACUGUAAAGUGUUGGCACACUUCAUUGACAAAGGAUAUCUUGACAUGGCCACCAACAAACAACACUACCUCACACGAGUGAUUGAACAUGCAUGUGAGAAUGGACAUGUUGACAUCAUCAGACUCGUCCACAGCCGAUGUGCCAUGCCUGACCAAUCAAUAUCAUUCAUUCCAAACACUCAAUGCAUUGCCCGUGUAGUUGAGCGCAAUCAACUCUCAGUGAUCCAAUACCUUUUUGGUGAUGAUCAGUCACCAAUCAAACGAUCACCAGACGCAACACUCGUGGUCCGAAUGGCCAAGUAUGCGCGCCACUCUGCCUUUGUCAAUGGCAACAUCAAUAUCAUCAACUUCUGCAACACAAUCAUCGUUUAA